GGAUGAAGGCCCAAACCAUAUGUCCUGAUAUAGUUAUCCCUGCUCUAACGCCUAGCCUUCCUGAGACAAACGUCAAACGUCGCACGAACCACGGCACCGUUCCCAUCCAGCUCCGCUAGCGUUUUGUGAUAGCAUCCAUCCCGCACCAUAAUAAUAACUCCAACUCAUUGUUCCCAACAACAUCGACGGACUAGAGGGUCUGUUAUACUACAGACUCGAAAACAAGCUCGCCACUAUGGCCGAUUCCGAUAAACUUCCCACGCAGAUGAAAGCAUGGCUCUACAGCAGCACUGCUGGCGGGAUAGAGAAGAACCUCAGCCUCUCCACUUCCGCACGCGUGCCGCCAACCGUCCGCCAGGACCAGCUGCUAGUGCAGGUGAUUUCCGUGUCUAUUAAUCCCGCCGAUAUUAAGGUCCCCGAAGGCCCUAUUACUCGAGUGAUCAUAUCGAAGCCUGCUUCGCCGUGUAUGGACUUUUGUGGCAAGGUCAUCACCGUGGGCCCUAAUGUCACCGAAUUCGAGCCCGGCCAGUUGGUAUAUGGAUCCCUCGGGUUACCGACGCAAUUCGGGACGUUAGGAGAGUAUAUCAUCGCUCCCACCAGCGGCACUGCGCUUCUCCCAGGAGGGGUCGAUCCCGAUCAUGCAGCAACCCUUGGAGUUGCCGGUCAGACGGCGUACCAGGCUCUUGAACCCUACGUGAGUGCGGGAGACAAAGUCUUCAUCAACGGAGGCUCGGGGGGCUGCGGUAUAUUUGCCAUCCAAAUUGCCAAGCUGCUUGGUUGCCACGUUACCACAUCUUGCUCGACGAAAAACGUGCAGUUUUGCAAGGAUCUCGGGGCAGAUGAAGUGCUCGACUACACCGCUGUGGACGUCACGGCGACCCUGAAGGACAAAGGCCAGGUGUUCAGCCAUGUAAUCGACCACAUCGGUAUCCCGUUGAACCUCUACAGCGAGUGCCAUCACUUUCUCCUGCCUGGGAAGAGUUUCGUGCAAGUGGGUGCAGCAUCGAUGCUGACCUAUGUCAACCGCGUAGCAAGACCCAGGCUGUUGGGGGGUGGUCGGAGAAAGUUCGACAUCUUGCUGUGGAGGAACAAGAAAGAUGGUCUGGUACGUGUCGGAGAAUGGAUGCAUGAAGGCAAGAUCAAAGCGGCUCUUGACAGCACGUUUGAAUUCGAAGACGCCGUCAAGGCCUUUGAGAAACUGCGGACGGGUCACGCAAGAGGAAAGAUAGUGAUACACGUCACGCCAAAGCCGUAAAAUGCCUUAUUCGGACAUUAUGCCAACAUAUCUUCUUAAAUCUUAACCAAGCAAUUGCGGGCAAUUGUCUCCACUGUUAUCAUGUGAAGAUUGAGGUUGUUUAUGUAUUAUACUAACAAUCGUUUUCAUGGGCUGCAUGUACACUUAUAUUUUG